AUGGACACGGCAAUAACCACCCAAAACGCGUCUUCAGAACGUGAACACGAUGAAUAUCAGUAUCUAAGACUGCUCAAGACGGUCAUGGACACUGGAGAGACGCGCGCAGAUCGCACGGGAACGGGAACUCUGGCCGUCUUUGCCCCACCUAGUCUCCGAUUCUCUCUAGAGAACAAUUCGUUUCCAUUGCUCACCACAAAGCGCGUCUUUUUGCGUGGAGUGAUCGAGGAGCUCCUCUGGUUUGUCAGAGGCUCCACCGACGCGCGAUUGCUUUCCGAGCGCGGGGUAAAGAUUUGGGAUGGAAAUGGCUCGCGAGCAUUCCUGGACGCGCGUGGACUGAGUCAUCGCCGCGAGGGAGAUUUGGGUCCAGUCUAUGGCUUUCAAUGGCGGCAUUUUGGUGCACAAUACGUCGACUGUGAGACCGACUAUACCGGACAAGGCGUCGAUCAGCUCAAAGAAGUGAUUCGAAAGAUCAAAGAAGACCCGACCGAUCGACGAAUCAUCAUGAGUGCGUGGAACCCCGCGGACUUGUCACUCAUGGCUCUCCCGCCUUGCCACAUGUUUUGCCAAUUUUAUGUCCACCUCCCGCCUCAAGGGUCAACUACCGUCAAGCCCGGCCUGUCUUGCCUAAUGUACCAACGUUCCGCGGAUCUCGGUCUCGGAAUUCCAUUCAACAUCGCCUCGUACGCUCUCCUUACCCACAUGGUUGCCCAUGUCACCGGUACAGAGGCCCGCGAGCUAAUUAUGCAACUCGGAGAUGCUCAUGUUUACAAAGACCACGUCGAGCCCCUAAAGACCCAACUCGAGCGCACACCACGAACGUUUCCAACGCUGCGGUUCUCGCGUCCCCUGGACGACAUUGACGCAUUUCGAUAUGAAGACUGCAUUGUCGAGGGAUACAGUCCGCACCCGAACAUUCCAAUGGUGAUGAGCGUAUAA